AAUUACCGGAGAAUGUUACACUCAUAUUUCGAGAUCAUCAAAGAGAUAAGGAAAGUGACAAGCAUACAAGCAAGAGCGACAGCACUCCGACAAAACAACGCGGUUGUGGUCUUUGGAAUUAUGAAUCAUGGGCAUAUGAUAGCUACGAUGAAACACCCAUAUCGAAUGAUAACAAUCUGAUACUGUGUAAGACCAGGAAUACUGUUUCAUUUGGAGCAUUAAUUGGUCUUGACUUCCAUACACCCGUCUCCCAGAAAACUUUUGUUCUGCGUGUACUCAUGGAUUACACAUUGGAUGUCAUCUCCAUAGUUGGCUGCUGUCUAUCAUUAUUCGGCUUGGUGUGCAUUUGGAUAACAGCGAUAUGUUGUAAGAAGUGGCGUGAACAAUCCUCAAAUCGAUUGCUUUUGAACAUUUGUUUUGUCCUAACGCUGCUGAUGAGUUAUUUCUUAUUCAUCAAUCUGCCGGAUGCCCGGGGUACAAUAGUUAAUGUAAUUAAUCCCAACAAUUGCAUAGCUGAGGGUGCUUUCUUGCAGUAUAUCAUUUUGGUGCUCUUCCUUUGGAUGUUUUUCUUGGCCAUAUUACAAUAUGAACGUUAUAUUGUGGUUAUGGGUAUACAAGUAUCUCCCUAUCGUGUAACAAAAUUUGCCCUGGCCGCCUGGAGUUUACCUCUGAUACCAACAGCUUUGGUUGUGUACUUUGAUAGCAAUGCCUACAUUCCAGAGAUCAAUGAAUAUAGUAAAAAUUAUUCAAUUUGCUAUCCCAAGGGGUUGACUUUCUAUUUGGCUCUGCUCUUGCCAAUAUCGAUUAUAUGCCUGGCUAAUUUUGCCAUUUUCAUUUAUAUCAUUGUAAGUGUUCAGCGAUCGCUGGGGAAAUUUAGAAGUAAACGAGAUCGCAAACUGAUUUCGCAACAGCUACGUUUAUCGAUUUUAUUGUUCUUCCUUUUGGGUAUAUCGUGGCUUUUCGGAUUGUUGGCACAUUUGGAUCACAGCGGUGUAUUGGCGUUUUUAUUUUGCAUCACAGCAACAAUACAAGGAUUUGUCUUGUUUAUAUAUUUUGUUGUAAUCGAUAAGACGGUGAAAUUUUCAUGGUUAAUGUUUUACUGUGGCGGUGGAGAAUACAUAUUGGAGGAGGAAGUUUCCACAAGGA